AUGGCUGGACCAGCGGAUGAAGAGAAGAAGCAGGAGGAGGUUGAGCAGCCGGCGCAAGAGCCCCCAGAAGAUGACGAGACUUAUGUCGAGCAAGACGAUGAGGUAGCCGAGGAAAAUGCCGGAGAUGAAGAAGUAGCCAGCAACGAGGAAGACCAGGAAGUAGCAGAAGAAGAGGACGCGGAAGAUGAGGAAGACGUUGAAGACGAUGAAGACGAGCAACAGGAAGAGCAAGAGGAUGAGGAAGAGAUCAUAAGCGAAGAGGACGGGUCCGGUGAGGACGCCGAGGACCAAAAGGGAACGAAACGCAAGCCCGAACCGCAGUCGCAGGCCGGCACGUCCAAGAUGCAGAAGACCAACGGUUCAUCCAAGGUCGACGCCUCGAAGCCCAACGCCGCAGCCGCCGAGGGGAAGGUCGGAUCCAAGCACGACGAGCCGCGCGACCCGAGCACGCAAGGGUCCAACAGCCGCCUGCCCGAGAAGGGUCAACAGGUGCACUGGAAGGCCCUGCCCGGGUAUGUGGACGGCGAGGUGGUAGAGAUCUUGACGAGCAGCAAGGAGGUCGACGGCAAGAGCGUCAAGGCGAGUGAGGAUGACCCGAGGAUUGUGCUGAAGAGCAACAAGAGCGGCAAGAUUUGCGUGCACAAGGCUGACGCUGUGUACUUCGAUUGA